AUGGUGACAUCAACUGAUUUACGCAAUGGAUUUCUUGGUGCAUAUCAAGGUAUAUACUUUUGUGCAUAUCAUAACGGGCAGUUAUUCUUUGAAAAAUAUUUCCAAUCUGGUUCUUCACUUGUUUAUUUAUGUGCUGCUGGAAUUGGAAGUAUAACCGCUUCUUCUUUAACCAAUCCUAUUUGGUUUGUAAAAACAAGACUUCAAUUAGAUUCACGACCAGGUCAUACACCUAUUACAGUUUCACAAGUGAUACGUAACACUUGGAAACGUGAUGGAUUUCGUGGUUUCUAUCGAUGGUCUUUGAAUUUUGUUGUCUAUGAAAAUUUUAAAUCGGAACUACUUUGGCGAGAGCAUAAACGUAAACUAACAACAUUGAAUGAUGAUUCUAUUCCAAUGUCGGCAAAAUCUAUUUCUAUCAAUGAUGAUGAUAAUUAUAUGCCACAAAAAGCAUCGGAUUUUCGUGGUUCAAGUGGUGGCAGUAAAUUAUCUGCUUCAAAAGAUAUGAUUUUGUGUAUGAUUGCUAGUGCUUGUUCAAAAGCAAUUGCUAUUACAGCUCUUUAUCCUCAUGAAGUAGCUCGAACACGUUUACGUGAAGAAACUGGUCAGUAUAAAGGAUUUUUUCGUACACUUCAUUCAGUUGGCAAAGAAGAAGGUUUAAGUGGUCUAUAUCGUGGCAUGGCAACACAUUAUAUUCGUCAAGUACCUAAUUCAUGUAUUAUGAUUGGAACUUAUGAAUUUGUUGUCUUUCUACUACAAUCUUGGGAUUUAACUAAAGAUACCAAAGUAUUGUAG